AGGCCUUUAUAUACCGUCGCCAUCAACUCAAAAUGCUUUCUUUUCAUGUUCCCCUGCCUUCUGGCGUCCUUUUCAUUCGCACUCUCUUUCGCAAUAAGCGCAUCCGCCGCCUCCACCAAGCACACCUUUCGCUCCCAAACGGUUGCUGACGGCAGCUUGGCCUAUGUUAAGAAUUCGGGGAUCUGCGAGACAACUUCUGGUGUUGGGCAAGUCUCGGGUUACAUCAAUCUCACGAAGAACGCGUCGUUGUGGUUUUGGUUCUUCGAAGCGCGAUCAUCACCGGAUUCUGCCCCAUUGACAUUAUGGUUGAAUGGCGGUCCUGGUUGUUCCGCAUUACUGGGCCUUUUCCAAGAACAUGGGCCAUGCACCGUGAAUGCUGAUGGCAAGACGACCAGACUGAACCCGUAUAGCUGGAACAACAGCAGUAACAUGAUUUAUAUCGACCAACCUUUUGGCGCUGGCUUUUCCACUGGCUCUGGUGUUGAUGAUACUGAUGCCGCAGCUCGGACAAUGUGGACGGCAUUCCAGAUCCUCUUCGAGAGUGACGAGUUCGCAGCAUUCCGAUCUCGAGAUUUAAUAUUUGCAACGGAAAGUUAUGGUGCCCAUUUCGGUCCUGUUUUCAUCACGUACUUCAACGAACAAAACGCCUUGAUCGACAAUGGGAGUUUAGCUGGACACAAAGUCAUCUUCAAGUCUUUGAUGAUUAACGACGGAAAACACGAUCCGAUCAUCCAAUACCAGUCGCUCCUGGACUUCGUUGCGGAUGCUCCCGGAUAUGGGCAAUUACAAACCACAAGCACGAUCAACAGCAUGUCGGCUGCUUGGUCAGGAACAGCCGGCUGUUUAUCUCAACUGCAAGGCUGCUAUGCUGGUGGGAAAGAACGAACAGACGACCAGAUCUGCACAGCUGCAAAUCAAGCUUGUAUGACCGGCUUGUUUUAUCCCGCAAUUCGUGGACGUGACUCGGAUGACCUGCGUCAAACUUCCAACACAUUGAGCCCCUUCCCACCAACAUACUACAAGAAUUUCCUCGGCCUUUUGGAAACCCGAGAGGCAAUUGGGGCUGCUUCGAAAUUCGAUGCAUGCAGCAAUUCUGUUCAGUCGGCGUUCAACGCUUCGGGAGAGUUCGGCCGAACUGCAUUGCCGCCGUUGGCUGCACUUGCAAAUGCAAAAUUCCCGAUUCUGAUUUGGGUUGGCGACGCAGAUAUCAAAGCCAAUUGGGUAGGGGUUCAUAGGGCAAUGGUGUCAAUGAGCUGGUAUGGCAACUUGACGCUCAACAAUACUGCUCUGACCAACUGGACCAUCGACGGGACAGUUGUUGCUCAGGUGAAAAGCGUUGACAAUUUUACCUUCAGUCGUGUUUUUGGUGCUGGGCAUAAUCUUCCAGCCUUUGUUCCCAAAACUGCGCUCCAAUUUUUCACCAGGGUCGUUCAGGAUGUUUCAGGUGGGGAGAGUAACGGGUCGCGUCCUGGUUCUCAGCCUAGCGGGAAGAACGAAGCUAUCCUUCAUAGACCACAUGCUUUCUGGUCCAUGGCUUCGUUUUUACUGUUGCUCAUGAUAUUCUGA